AGUGUCUUGUGAAAAUGGUGAAUGGUCAAAAUGGGUUAAUAAAUUUCAUCCAACCUUACAAAACAGAGGGGAUAAGGAAAUACUGGAUGACAUUAGAUGUCCUAACACUAAUGAUGUCUUCAGUAAAAUUCAAUGUGAACCACUUGCACAUCUCAAGAAGCUAGAGGACAAUGUCACCUGUGAUUUAGAAAAUGGGUUCAUUUGCAGUGAGCCGACCUCGCUUGACAAUCUGAUGUGUCGAGACUACAAAAUCAGAGUUUGCUGCUCAUCUAUCUCCACUACAACUCCAACCUCCACUACAACACCAACCUCCACUACAACACCAACCUCCACUACAACUCCAACCUCCACUACAACUCCAACCUCCACUACAACUCCAACCUCCAGUACAACUCCAACCUCCACUACAACACCAAUCUCCACUACAACACCAACCUCCACUACAACACCAACCUCCACUACAACUCCAACCUUCAUUACAACUCCAACCUCCACUACAACUCCAAUCUCCACUACAACUCCAACCUCCACUGCGACUCCAACCUCCACUACAACACCAACCUCCACUACAACACCAACCUCCACUACAACUCCAACCUUCACUACAACUCCAACCUCCACUACAACUCCAACCUCCACUGCAACUCCAAACUGUAGUUGCAACAACAUUGACAAUCCAGAGUGCAUGUGGACAGAAGACUGUAGCAUUAAAACAUGUGUGAAUGGAGAACCUAAAAUAAAUAGAACCUGCAAUUCUACAAAGCCCGAAUGCGACAGAGAAGAAGAUCUUGUCAGUUAUACAAAUGAAUGUGGCUGUGAAUCAAUGGAGUGUAACUGUGAAUGCAAAGUUUAUGGAGACCCACACUAUGUGACAUUUGAUAAUGUACACUACAGUUUUUAUAAGAAUUGCACAUACAUCCUUGUGAAAGAAGUCAUCCCAAAACACAAUUUUGGAGUUGAAAUAGACAACUAUAUUUGUACAGAGGAUAAGUCAUGUCCAAAAGCAAUAAUUAUUUCCUACAAUAAAUUCAAAAUAACUGUUUCAACACUGGAUCAGCUUACAUUAACCAUCAAUAACAGAACUGAAAGCAUUCCGUACAAUUUGAACGGGUUUGACAUUGUUAAACUGAGCCACACAAGCUUGCAGGUUUAUAUUCCUAAAAUCCGAACAAAAAUUACUGCUCGACGAAAUAGAUUUGUAAUCAGCAUUCCAGAACAACUCUUCUUGGAUAAUACCGAAGGACAAUGUGGUUCUUGCACACGUAAAAAGAUCGGCGGUUGCAGAAGACCUGAUGGAACUGUAGAGAAAUCCACAUGUUGUCCCACAGCUGCUCUUGAUUGGAAGGUUCCUGACACAACGAAACCUCAUUGUGCUAAAGAUCCUACAAACGUAACUUGUCCUACACCAACAACGGCACCACUGACAACAUCACCACCCGGACCUUGCUGCAAACUAUGUGAACUCCUUCACCAAAAGCCCUUUGAAAAAUGCAAUAAAAAUGAUAUGGAGACAUACGAUAAAACUUGUGAGGAUGACUGUCAUUCUACUAAUAUUUGCUCAGUGGUUUGUGCAAAUUUGGAGGCUGCUGCCUCAGAAUGUCAAGGAAAUUGUGUUGAAUGGAGAAGUUAUACAAAUGGAUUAUGUGAUUUGGACACCUGCGAUGGAAUUUUGACGUACCAGCCAUGUCAAAUGGAAACUGAUGAUAGAUGUGAAAACAAUAAAGUAAUACUUGGUCAGUCAUUAAGCAAACCUAUAGAAGGUUGCUUUUGUCCAAAGGGAAUGAAAUCAUCCAACAAUGAUACAUGUGUUCAUACAUGUUGUGUGGAUCAUUCUGGAAGACAACGAAAUAAUGGGGAGAAAUGGCAGCACUUUUCUGAUAAUUGUACUAUUUUGGAAUGCUUCAGUUCUUCAGUUAAAGAAAACAAACUACACUGCAAAAAUCAGGGUAACUGUCCUGAGCCUCAAAGGAAAUGGGAUGAGCAUCACUGCUGCUAUGAAUGUGUUCCAACUGGAAGAUGUGAGACAAUUGAAUAUAAUAAUACAAUAAAGAAGGAUAACUGCAUUGCUGAAGUUGAAGUGACCAGAUGUAAGGGGCGUUGUGAUAGUUCCUCUGAAUUUGACUUUAUCACAGAUAGAAUGUCUCAUGACUGUAAGUGCUGUGAAGAGGUUGAGCAAGAGGAAAGGAAAGUCGACCUUAUUUGCAAUGAAGGACCUAAUAAAUCGUACAGUUAUAUAUACAUCAAGAAAUGCAAGUGCGAAAAUUGCGAACCGAAAAUGUAGCAAAGUGAAAUUGGAAACUGACAUCAAUAAUAUGCUUAUGUAUCUUGGAACUUAGAAUUAAAUCCUAAUUUUGUUUCAUUUAUAAUGUAAUCUUUACUUGCUUUUGCCAAGUGUUGUAGGAAAACUAGACAAAAGACUCAUCAAUACAAAGUUUGCAAUUUAUUGCUUUCUGCAGUGGGAUUCUGGGAUCUUUAAAGAUUUUAUUUUACUUGUUAACUUUUUCCUGUAUAAGCAGAAAUCAAAAUCAAUAAAUACAAUUUCAAACAGCUUCA